AAAAAAAGAAAAAGAAAAAAGAGAUAAAGCCAAAUAAACAAAGUUUUCGAGUCUCGUUAACUCUAUAUAAACUCUUCCCAUUCUGUUUCCAAAACCUCCAUCUGGUUUCUAUUGUUUAUUGCUUCAUUCACUCACUUUCUUUCAAUCAGAAAAAUGCCUGCUGUAGGAAUACCCAUCGGAGGUGGGAACAAGGAGUAUCCCGGAAACCUCACUCCUUUUGUAACCGUAACAUGCAUCGUGGCUGCCAUGGGUGGUUUGAUCUUCGGCUACGAUAUUGGGAUUUCAGGUGGAGUGACGUCUAUGGAUCCGUUUUUAAAGAAGUUUUUUCCGGCGGUAUACAGAAAGAAAAACGAUGACAAAACGACAAACCAAUACUGUCAAUACGACAGUCAAACACUGACAAUGUUUACGUCGUCGCUUUACCUUGCUGCGUUACUGUCGUCGUUGGUGGCUUCCACCGUUACUCGUAAGUUUGGUAGAAAACUUUCCAUGCUUUUCGGAGGUCUUCUUUUCCUUGUUGGUGCUCUUAUUAAUGGCUUUGCACAACAAGUUUGGAUGUUGAUUGUCGGUCGGAUCUUGCUCGGCUUUGGUAUCGGUUUUGCAAAUCAGGCUGUGCCACUGUACCUCUCUGAGAUGGCUCCAUACAGAUAUAGAGGAGCUUUGAACAUUGGAUUUCAAUUAUCAAUUACAAUUGGUAUACUUGUGGCCAAUGUGUUGAACUACUUUUUUGCCAAAAUCAAAGGAGGUUGGGGAUGGAGAUUAAGUUUGGGUGGAGCUAUGGUUCCUGCUCUUAUAAUAACUAUUGGAUCAUUAGUCCUUCCUGACACCCCCAAUUCUAUGAUUGAACGUGGUGAUCGUGAUGCUGCUAAAAUUCAACUUAAGAAAAUUCGUGGUGUUGAAGAUGUUGACGAAGAGUUUAAUGAUCUUGUUGCUGCUAGUGAAGCUUCCAUGCAAGUUGAACACCCUUGGAGGAACUUGUUGCAAAGGAAAUAUAGACCUCAACUUACUAUGGCUAUAAUGAUUCCCUUUUUCCAACAAUUUACUGGAAUUAAUGUUAUUAUGUUUUAUGCACCUGUCCUCUUUAAUUCUAUUGGAUUUAAGGAUGAUGCUUCUCUUAUGUCUGCUGUCAUCACUGGUGUUGUUAAUGUUGUUGCUACUUGUGUCUCUAUUUAUGGUGUUGACAAGUGGGGUAGGAGAGCUCUUUUUCUUCAAGGUGGAGCUCAAAUGAUCCUAUGUCAGGUCGUAGUUGCAGCUGCUAUUGGGGCCAAGUUUGGAGUUGAUGGAAAUCCUGGUGAUUUACCAAAGUGGUAUGCUGUAGUAGUUGUGCUCUUCAUUUGCAUUUAUGUAGCAGGAUUUGCUUGGUCAUGGGGUCCUCUAGGUUGGUUGGUGCCUAGUGAGAUUUUUCCAUUGGAGAUUCGUUCCGCUGCUCAAAGUAUCAAUGUGUCGGUUAACAUGCUCUUCACCUUCUUUGUUGCACAAAUUUUCUUGACAAUGCUUUGUCACAUGAAGUUUGGCUUGUUUAUCUUCUUCGCGGCGUUUGUUGUGGUGAUGACGAUAUAUAUAUACUUCAUGUUGCCUGAGACUAAGGGAAUACCAAUUGAAGAGAUGACUAGGGUUUGGAAAUCACAUCCAUAUUGGUCUAAAUAUGUGGAACACGGUGAUGAUUAUGGCAAUGGUGUUGAGAUGGGCAAGGGAGCUGUUAAAAAUGUGUAAUUAGUCUUGGUUUUGAAUUAUUCUUCUUAAUAGUAGUGAUUAAUCUUUUUUUUUUCUUGUGAAACAUACUAUUGGUGCUAACAUAGAGUAUCCAAUGUAUUGAAUUGCUCUUCAAAAUUAUGGGGUAUUUUUCUCAUGUGUCUCUUGUUUCGUUGAACAAACGUUGCACUCACAAAGUUUAAACAUAUAAAUGCACAUUUGAAAUUUCGUGUGGCUUA